GGGUCUGUGAUGGAAAUGUGAGUGUGCUCGGGAUGCUAUGUCUAUGGUCAGCAACUUGAGGUACUAAUAGGUGUUGGAACUGGCUGUGUUGCUUCGUCGUCAUCGAUUGUUCUCGAUAUGCGGCGGCAUUGAUAGUGAUUAGAGGGAGGAGGAGGUUUUUUUUAUUACUGGAGCAUUUUCAGCAGUAAAAGCUGGAAUUUGAGCUAGAGGACAACGAUCCGCCGAAGAGAUUGCUGAAGAUUCUUGGUACUUUUUUGGUGAAUUCUCCCUACUACGCAGCAAAGAAUCAAAUACUCAGUAUGACAGUGCGGGUCGUCAACGAACUGGGAUCGUGAGAAGUUGCUAGAGUAGUAAACAUGGGGAGAGUAGAGAAAGCUUUAACUGAGAAGCUGUCAGGUCUGUCAGUAGGGACAGAUUUCAUUCCUGACACAGAUGUGGUAAAAGAUUCUGGAUCAAAACAAAGGAUAGGCGUCAUGCAUCUUGAGGCAGACUUCGGUGGAGAGCAAGAAUGUGGCAUUGAUUCCAGGGGAGCGAUGUCGGGGGUAGAAAGUUCUUGCGAGGAAGUGGAGCAAGAGUUAACAGAAAAUUCAUAUCAACCAUCUUGCUCCAACUCGAUGUUGCAGGAAAGGCAGGAAGAGGAAGCUGCUCUCUGUACUGAACAUUCUGAUGGCCCUCCCGACGGGUUUCUCUCCAUCUUACCGUACGCAGAUUUGAAAUCUCUUCUCACGCUCGAGAGGGUAAGCAAGCAAAUGCGCAGCGCAGUGAAUGAUGUUUUGGUGUGCAGGAAGUUAGAGGUUGAACGCCCUCUUAACAGGGCCCUUACAGAUGACAUUCUUAUGACCCUUGUCAAGAGGGCAGGUGGAUUACUGAAGAGUAUGAGACUCGUCACAUGUUUAAGGAUCACUGAUGAAGGAUUAGCCAAUGCGCUAUCACUCUGUCCCCAGCUUGAGAAGGUGGAGGUCCCCGGGUGUACAGGGCUCAAUAUUGAUGCCCUCGUGCAUAUGGUGGAGCAGCAAUGUGCAAUGAGUCGUUCGAAAGGGAUGUGCGGUAUCAAACAGUUGCGAAUCCGUGGAAUUCGUGAAAUCCAUGAGCAGAGUCUGUUUGCUCUGAGAGAUAUGAUUUUGAGCAGAAACGGACACCAGUUACCGAUCACUUGGCCUAUUUACCUGUCCUCAAGUACUAUUGAUGACGAUCGAGCUAUCGAUGUUGAGAUGUGUCCCAGAUGCGACUUUGAAUAUGCGACGGUUGUGUUCGACUGUACGAGGAAAAGUUGUCAGAAUGCAGCAAGGGUUGACCCCAGCAAAGCUUGCCGGGGUUGUUUCAUGUGUUUGCCGAGAUGUAGUGGGUGCGGUACUUGCUGUCUGGAAGCCGAGGAGUUUGAGAGGACCUGCUGCAUAUGGUAUCUUUGUUUCAGCUGCUGGGCGCAGUCGCCCAAGUGCGCAGAAUGUAACACCGCCAUUUGCUGGAACCACAAGAGGGAUUUCAUGGAGGGGACCACUCAUAGCGCCUUGUCGGGAGUAUGUGAAAGGUGCGCAAAUAGUUUGGAAACAUCCUUCGAUGACAUCGGAUCAAAAGAUGCAUCUUUUUAUUCGGAUUCGGAUGAUCGAGCUUACCUUUGAUCCUUACGAUCGUUGAUCAUGUGGAAAUUUCAUGAAAGCUUGCAACUUCAUCGUUCCCUUUACAACUCUUUCAAGUUCCUGACUGAGAGUAGGAGUGAUCACAUGAUCAUUACUACUCGCAAAAGUUCCUCUUCUAUAGAUCUAUUAUAGCUAUCGGAUGUACCACAAUCCUCUGUUCCUUUGAUACCCCACAACGUCGUUCAAAAAUAAGGUAGUAUCCAAGAACGAGUGUUCAGGUGAGUAUGAUUUCUAUAAUUUAUAAUUAUGGGAUGUCUACAGUUAUUGUAUAUUUAAGGGUGGAAUAUUAUUAUCUGCUGCAUGAUAGAGCAAAUAAGUAUUGCUCCUUAAGUUCAAAAAGUUCAAGAAUGUGAGAGGAUAAUUAAAUUCACAUAACGCGUCAAAACCCAAUAAGCUCUACAAAUUCAAGGAAAAUCGCAAGAUGUUAGUAAGAUAUAUGCCAGAUGUUUAAUUUAUGGUUUUGAAGUACUUGGCAUAUAGGUUGAUUCAACUUUGAUUUCGGAGGAAAUUGAAUAUGAUGGGGCUAGAAAACUCUGCUUUAUAUUAUGCUGAAAUAAAACAAUGCGAAGAAAGACGGAAUCUUUUAUUCAAAACUCACUAGAUUUAAUCACAAGUUGUAAAUAACGAACAAGUGAUUGAGAGCUUGUGAGUCUACAAGCCAAAGUAAAGUUUCAUUGAAAGGAUCUACCAGGCGAGAUUGGUGGCUUUUUACUCAACUGGAAAAGUGUGAAAAGAAUAAAAUCUCAUUUGUGGUUGCUACAUAUAUUGCAAUUUGCUUAAUGUGUGUAAAUGUGACUUUGUUUGAGCUUACUUUAGAUUAGAUGCAUGUUUC